UCGUCCACUCGGUUACGUGUACAUCCAACAAGAUCGGCGUUAAGGCAACACCAGAAUAUUUGGCAAAAAAAAAAAAAAAAAAAAAAAAAAAGAUUUGCCUCCCCUUCCUUUUUUUUUUUUUUUUUCCCCAGCCGCCGAAUCAUGUCGAUGAGCCCAAAGCAUACGACUCCUUUCUCAGUGUCUGACAUCUUGAGUCCUUUGGAGGAAAGCUACAAGAAAGUGGGCAUGGAGGGCAGUAACUUGGGGGCUCCCUUGUCAGCCUACAGACAGUCUCAGGUUUCUCAGCCGGCCAUGCAGCAGCACCCCAUGGGCCACAACGGAACAGUGACUGCCGCCUACCAUAUGACAGCGGCAGGGGUCCCCCAGCUCUCCCAUGCUACGAUGGGGGGCUACUGCAAUGGGAACCUGGGCAACAUGAGCGAGCUCCCGCCUUACCAGGACACCAUGCGGAACAGCGCUUCGGCGACAGGAUGGUACGGCACCAACCCGGACCCCCGCUUCUCCUCAAUCUCCCGCUUCAUGGCGCCGUCCUCGGGCAUGAACAUGGGCGGCAUGGGCAGCCUCGGCUCCCUGGGAGACGUGAGCAAGAGCAUGGCCCCGCUCCAGAGCACGCCGCGGAGGAAACGGAGGGUCCUUUUUUCCCAGGCCCAGGUUUACGAGCUGGAGAGACGUUUCAAGCAGCAGAAAUACCUCUCCGCCCCGGAGAGGGAACACUUAGCCAGCAUGAUACAUCUCACUCCGACUCAGGUCAAAAUCUGGUUCCAGAACCACCGCUACAAGAUGAAACGCCAGGCCAAAGACAAGGCUGCGCAGCAGCAGAUGCAACAGGAGAACGGCUCUUGCCAGCAGCAGCAGUCUCCCAGAAGGGUGGCGGUGCCAGUGCUUGUAAAGGAUGGCAAGCCCUGCCAAGCAGGCUCCAACACACCCACAGCAGCUAUCCAGAGCCAUCAGCAGCAGGCAGCUACAACGAUCACAGUGGCUACCAAUGGCAACAGCCUCGGACAGCAUCAGAGCCACCAGACAAACAGUGCGGGGCAGUCUCCAGACAUGGGACAGCACUCGGCCAGCCCUUCCUCUCUGCAGAGCCAAGUCUCCAGUUUGUCUCACCUAAACUCUUCUACUUCUGACUAUGGCACUGCCAUGUCUUGCUCCACCUUGCUAUACGGUAGGACCUGGUGAAAGGAUUAAACAAAGCAAAAGAAAAAAAAAUAAGGAAAAAAAAAAAAAGGCAGAUUUUCCCAGUCACACAAAUCUCUGUCCUAUCCAAACUACUGGGUGUUUUUCUUUUUUUUUUUUUUUCCUUUCUUUUUUAACGCCUCCCCUCCCCCCCCCCCCCCGUUUUACUGAGUGGUUCUCUAAGGACCUGUGAGAGAGAGAGAGACCUUUUUUUGUUCGGUUUUGUUGUUACUCUUGAUGGUUUGGGGUCUUUUUUUUUUUUCUUUUUUUUUUUUUUUUUCCCAAGGUUGUUGUAUGGGGUGUUAAAAAAAAUUCUGACUAAUAACCACGGAGCAGUCUGCAGAAAGGGGACCAUUGUUAGGCAUGGUCCGAAGGCUUGGAUUUCAGAUGUACACUUUGCCAGCGUCUAGGACUUGCAUGUAAAUAUAGAGAUUUUGGGGGAUGGGGUGGUUUUCCCCCCAAAAAACGCAUUCGCGUCACCCAGACACAAGAAGCAGCUUCCCCCCUCCCCCGGUCUCCUCUCCCAGCCCCGCCGCCAGGGCCAGCGGAUGGAGACGUGGAGUCAUCAAAGGCUUGGCUUUUAUUUUCCUCCUUACGUUUGAUGUGAACCUGUAGCUGUAUAAUGCUGUCAAAAGUUGGACUAAACCCAUAGUUUUUAGUAGUCUGUAUAUUUUGUUGUAAAAAGAAAAAGAAAAAAAAAUACAAUCAACCAAACCAACCCCCACCUUUUUUAUGGACACUGAUCGCCCCGUCGUAAAUCCUCUGGCAGUUUGUUAUUUGCGCCCGCCGCCUCUUCCUGUUGUAACUUAUGUAGAUAUUUGGCUUAAAUAUAGUUCCUAAGAAGCUUCUAAUAAAUUAUACACAUUACGAAUAUUCUUUUUUUUAUUUCCCUUUGGUUCCCCCUCCCGACCCUCCCUUCCCCCAUCUUUUUUUUUUUUUUUUUUUUUUCCUUGAUGGAAAAACAACCCGGGAUGCUGCCAAACCCCGAAAGGCCCCUCCCAGGGCCCGGAGCCUGUUCCCGGGGGGAGCUGCGCCAGGGAGUUAACGGGGUACAGGAUCAGUCCUCAGCGUGCAAAAGUGACAAGCGAACGCGUGGGAUUCACAAACUCGAGAGCAAAGGGAUCGAGUCCAAAUUCAUUAGUCCGAUUAUUGGGGGGGCGAGGGGCACCUCAGAGACUUCUUGCUAGAGAAAGCAAAGUAUUCCGGGAGUAGAAAUUCAAAUGCCAAAGGCACGGAGGAGAAAGAAGGUAAAAGUCUAACGCCACUAGAAACAAUUUAACGAAGAACCUGCUGACAGUAUAGAACAUGCGGCCGAUUUAAAGAGCGUCCAGUUUUAAUACCUUGUAAAAAAAAAAAAAAAAAGGAUAAUAAUUUCUACCAGGUUUUCCUAUGUACUUGUAUUUUAAGGGAAGUACAGUCACCUUAUUUAUAAUCAAAAUAAAAAGAUAGUUUAUUGUGUA